AUGGCUAAUAAUACUAAGCAGAAGCCGGUGUCUGGGGGAGUGUCGGAGACGCGCAGCAAUCUCGGAAGGGUUGGCAGUCCGCGGCGGUGGUCGCGUGCGGCGGCGGGGAGGUUGGCAGCCGUGGGCAGUGAGGGAUGGAGCAAGAUGGCGGCCUCGCCUGGCCUCGUCAGGCUAGAGCAGAGAUUAAAGGUUAAAAUAGGUGAAGCCAAAAAUCUUGUGUUGCGCAACCAUGGCAACGCUGGGCCACGAGAUGUGUACUGCACCAUCUCUUUGGACCAGGAGGAGAUCUUUCGUUCAGCAACAGCAGAAAAGACACAAGACCUCUCAGCCUUCUUUGGGGAGGAGUUCCAGUUUGACAUUCCACGGGAGUUCCGCUUCCUCUCCUUCUAUCUCUAUGACCGUGACCGCCCUAUGAAGACAGACAAGAUCAUGGGCAAAGUGUCCAUCAAGAAAGAUGAUUUGCACAAGUAUCACGGCAAGGACCAGUGGUUUCCCAUCACACCUGUUGAUGCAGACUCAGAGGUCCAGGGCAAAGUACAUGUGGAGGUGAAGUUGCUGCUUGUGGAGAUAAUGAAUGAUGGGUACCCACAACACAUGGUGUCCGUCAAGAUCCAGGAGUGCAGUGACUUGGCAAUUAUAAGUGGCUGCUGUGACCCCUUUGCCACAGUCACCAUGCACUACACAAACAAGAAGCAAGAGUCCAAGAGAACAAAGGUCAAAAAGAAAACCACGUGUCCCAACUUCAAUGAGACCUUUAUAUUUGAGCAGAGUGGCCAGCGAGGUGGAAGUCAGGACCGUGAGAACAUGUACAGCCUGGUAGAUGAGGAUGCAGGCUUCCAGGAGGUUCGUGUGGCCUUAUGGCAUGACUGCACUGGCAUGUUCGGCAAUGUGUUCCUUGGGGAAGUCAAGAUCUCCCUUGGCAGCCUUUCUCCGCCUCAAGAACGCAAUGCUUGGUACUUUCUCCAGCCGAGAGAUUCUGCGGGGAAGCACCACCGGGGGGACCUGGGAACCCUGAGGCUAAACCUUCACUAUACCUCCGAUUAUGUUUUCUCUAGUCAGUCUUACGAUUCUCUGCGUAACCUCAUCCUACAAAGUGCUGCAGUGGAGCCAAUCACGUCCUCGGUGGCCUGGCUGAUGGGGGAGGUGGUGAGCCAGAAGCAGGAUGUGGUGCAGCCGCUCACCCGUGUCUUCUUACACCAUGGUCAGGUGGUCCCCUUCAUCUCUGCCCUGGCCAAGCAUGAGAUUUCUAAAAUCACAGACACAAACACCAUUUUCCGUGGCAACACCCUGGUCUCCAAGUGCAUAGAUGAGCUGAUGAAGCUGGUAGGCCAUCACUACCUGCGUGCUACACUGAAGCCAACCCUAGACUUGGUUCUGCGGGAGAGGAAGCCAUGUGAGAUCGAUCCCACCAAGAUGCAGCAGGGGGAGAGCAGGGAGACCAAUCUAGCUAAUCUCAAGGAGUAUAUCAGCAUGGUUUUGAAAGCCAUAAUGAACUCAGCUCUUAGCUGCCCUCCCGUUAUGUGCCAAAUAUUUUCUGAGCUGCGGGAGCUUGCCAACAUCUACUUCCCAAAUGAGCGUGAAGUGAGAUAUUCUGCCAUCUCUGGCUUUGUCUUCCUCCGGUUCUUUGCGCCAGCAAUUCUUUACCCUAAGUUGUUUGAUCUCACCACUGAACAAACAGACCCCUCAACUCACCGCACGCUAACUCUUUUGAGCAAGACAGUGCAGAGUGUGGGCAACCUGGUCAGCUCCAAGACGUCAAACCAGAACUUUCGUGAGACAUACAUGCGAGAGGUUUUCUCCCAUUGUGUCACUGACAAGCAUGUGGAAGGCAUGCGCACGUUUUUGGACAUUAUAUCUCAGAUGCCUAAUGGGAAUCAAAAGGCUUAUGAUACUCCAAUUAUACUCAAGGAAGGAAAAAUGGUUAAGCGUGCUCAAGGAAGAAAGAAGUUUGGUAUAAAGAAUUUCAAGUCACGGUUCUUCAGACUCACGACCCACAGCCUCACAUACUCAAAGACUGUUGGUGGCCGAGCACUCUGCAGCAUCCCUGUAGAUGACAUCUUGGCUGUGGAGAGAGUGGAGGAGUCCUCAUUUAAGUGCAAGAACAUGUUCCAGCUUGUGCAGCCACAUAGAACACUGUAUAUCCAGGCUAUGAACUGUGUAGAAGAGAAAGAGUGGUUGGAUCUCCUCACCAAAGUGUGUCUUUACAACAGCCACCGGUUGAAGCAGUAUCACCCUGGAGCAUACAUCAAUUCAAACUGGUUGUGCUGUAAGGCUACAAGUGAACAAGCACCAGGAUGUAGUGCUGUGUCUAACUACAUGGAGUGCGACUUGAAGACCCACAUAGACAGUGACAGAGAAAUGGAGCGCUUGCGAUCACUCCUAAUGGAGAAUAUGCCCAAGCUGGAGAAGCUGCACAAGGCCUGUGAAAGUGCUCAGAUUUAUGGUGGUUCACGGGAUCUCUCUGUAGUGGGGGGUGUUUUAGAUGACCCAAUUGCAUCCCAGAAGUCCAUCAACCAGGUCAUGGCCAGUGUCAUACAACUGCAGCAGGAACACAAGAACCAUGAGCGAAAAUUUUUGCGCACUGUGAGAUAUGGCUCAAAACAAGCCCCCAUUGGUGAUGACAACUACCUGCUGCUUGCCUCCAGUAAUGCAAAGUUUGAUUCAAAUUCCUCGGGGAGUGAGAUGGGGACCCCGAUCCGGAAGACAUCCAGCAGCCCUUGCUGACUCUCCACUGAUGCCACAUGCAUACACAGUUCUAUCAGAGAGCCUCAUGAGACUUGUUUGGCAAGGUGACACAUGCACUGAUAGGUAUACUCUGAAGACUGGUCCUUUUAGGAUGGUGUCUUGGUAUGGACUUUGCCCUCCUCAAAUGUGAUGAGGAAAGGGAUGGGAACAAGAACCCCUGCUGGAUGGAGAGUGACUGUGGCAGGUCACAGGGGUCAGUUGGGACUUGCUCUUUUGGGUGAGUGUGAAGUUGUGAGCUCUAUAAAGGAAAAACAUAAAAGUGGCUUGUGGCUAACACUUCCCUGGAGGGACAUUGAUGCUGUAAAUAUUUAUUAGGAAUUGGGCAAUCUCUCCCAGAACUGAACCUUGAAAAAUACAAGAGACUUUGUUUAAUCAUUGUUGACAGAAAAAAAAUGGCUUGUGUCUCAUUUAUUUUAUAAAGAGAAGUAAGAAAACUGCAAGUUAGGAGAAUACAAGAAGAUAUGAAUAAUACAGGCCAUUCUGAAAUGUUCACUCGUAUUAGGACAUUCACUUGAGGCUAUGACCAAUAAUUUUUUUAUAUAGUAGUUACAUAGAGUAGUUAAGCAAUAAUUAUUUUGUUAUUUAAUUUUGUAAGUGAGAAACACUGGCAAGGGAUAAAUGAUUUCCCCAGUAAGUUGAAUG